AUGGAUAUUUUUCGCCUGGAGAUUAAUUUUGAGAUGUUUGAUUACCAGGAGCUCCUCCACAACUCCACCUUCUGUUUGGUGCCUCGAGGUCGACGCCUGGGCUCCUUCCGCUUCCUGGAGUCACUACAGGCGGCGUGUAUCCCCGUGUUGCUGAGUAACGGUUGGGAGCUGCCGUUUUCAGACAUCAUACAGUGGAACCAGGCCGUUAUCGAGGGAGACGAGAGAUUACUGCUGCAGGUGCCCUCCACAGUGAGAGCGGUUGGGAACGAGCGAGUCCUGGCCCUCCGGCAGAGGACGCAGAUGCUGUGGGAAGCUUACUUCUCCUCCGUGGACAAGAUCGUCCUCACCACGCUGGAGAUCAUUAAGGACCGCGUGUUCUCUCACAUAUCGAGGAAUAAGUACAUGUGGAACUCGCUGCCGGGGGGUCUGCUCGUCCUGCCGGAGUACUCCACUCACCUCGCACACUUCCCUUUCUACUACCUGGGAUUAGGGAUCAGUCCAGGUCAGGAGUUCACUGCUGUCAUACAUGCCGUCUCCCCAUUGGUCUCCCAGUCUCAGCCAAUCAUGAAGCUGCUUCAGGUGGUCUCCAAGUCAAAGUACUGCUCGCAGAUCAUCAUUCUCUGGAACAGCGAGAAGCCGCCUCCGAGUCGGAGCAAAUGGCCUCCCAUGCCGGUCCCUCUCACUGUGACAGACGGCAGGAGGAAGACCACCAGUCGGUUCCUACCUCACGUUGCCAUAGAGACAGAGGCAGUGCUGAGUCUGGACGAGGAUACGGUCCUGCUGACCAGCGAGGUGAACUUUGCCUUCUUGGUGUGGCGGAGUUUCCCCGAGCGGAUCGUGGGCUACCCUCCCAGGAGCCACUUCUGGGACCCCCUGAAGCACGCCUGGGGCUACACCUCUAAGUGGACCAACGACUACUCCAUCGUUCUGACCGGAGCCGCCUUCUACCACAGAUACUACCACCACCUGUUCUCCCACUACCUGCCCCAGUCUCUGCGGACUCUGGUGGAUCGCACGUCCAACUGUGAGGACAUCCUGAUGAACUUCCUGGUCUCUGCUGUAACUCACCUGCCACCGAUCAAAGUGGCUCAAAGGAAGCAGUACAAAGAGCUGCCAAGUCCACAGGGUGCGAAGAGCGUCCCCUGGGCCAAUCCCGAGCACUUCAACCAGCGGCAGGAGUGCGUCAACACCUUCGCCAACUGGUUUGGCUACAUGCCCCUGGUUCACUCUCAGUUUCGCUUGGACCCCGUGCUCUUCAAAGAUCAAGUGUCUGUCCUUCGCAAGAAAUACAAAGACCUGGAGAGGGCGUGAAAGUGACAAAGAGAAUGGGGGAACAUGGGAGGUCUGGGCUAGUGGCCUUUCGGACAGACAAUUGGACCGAUCGCUGGUG